UAGAACCAGAAGCAUUUGUGCUUUAUUAAAUGGCUCCAUGUUCUUCUUCCUUUUCAUCUUCUUAUUCAGCUUGCUACCAUCACAUUAUUACUGUGCUGAAGUUGAUCAGAUAACUCUUUUGCAACCGUUAGCGCAGGGACAAAUUCUAGUUUCCCCUGGCCACAUUUUUGAGUUGGGCUUCUUCAGUCCUAAUAACUCUGCUAAGAAGUAUGUGGGGAUAUGGCACAAAGAUAUAUCUCAGCGUAAAGUUGUAUGGGUGGCCAACAGAGAAAAGCCUCUUGCAGUUGCAGACACCUCAGCGAGUUUGACAGUUACUAGCAAUGGGAAUCUGAAGCUUGUGGAUGGGAAACAAAAGUCUAUAUGGUCUACUAAUAUUGCUUCUUUGGUUUCAUCAUCGAAUACUAGUUCAGUUGCUGCAGUUCUCUUAGAUAAUGGAAACUUUGUUGUCAAUGAUCAUCUGGGAGCUGAGUUAUGGAAGAGCUUUGAUUAUCCUGGUGACACAGUCCUACCAAACAUGGUGUUGCGAGACAGUAAGUCUGGAAAGGGGCACUACUUGAGCUCUUGGAAAGCAGAGAAUGAUCCAUCACCAGGGAAAUUCUUACUUGGAUUGGCCCCACAGACGCCGUCUCAAGGCACAGUGGAUUUCUCUUAUAGUUUAUAUGACAAACCUGUGUCGUAUAUAUACAUCUCUCCAGAAGGAACAGUGAGGCUUAGAUUUUCGAAGAAUGAUGGGAAGUGGCAUGAUUAUUGGCAGACACCGAAGAAUCCAUGUGACAUCUAUGGAGCUUGUGGACCUUUCGGAGUUUGCAAAGCUUCUGCAUCUCCAAUCUGUAAGUGUUUGAAAGGUUUUGUACCGAAGUCAAGUGCAGAAUGGAGCAAAGGAAACUGGACAAGAGGGUGUAUGAGGCAGACGAAAUUGUUUUGUGAGAGACAAACAAAUAAGUCAGUCUCAUCAAGAGGAAAAAAAGUUGAUGAUGAUGGGUUUUGGAAGAUGGUGUUGAAAAUACCAGAUUUUCAUGAGUUCAUUACUGCUCUCAAUGCUGAAGAAACGUCCAACGAUUGCAAAUUACGCUGCCUAAACAACUGUUCUUGCCUUGCUUAUGCAUUUGUUAAUAAUAUAGGAUGUUUGGUAUGGUCCAAAGAUCUUAUUGAUAUACAGCAGUUUUCGGCGUCUGUCGGAGUAGAUCUUUAUAUCCGCCUAGCACGCUCUGAACUAGGUGAAGGAAAGCCAAUAAAGUUAAUUGGCAGCCUUACAGCUAUUGUUUUUGUGAGUAUCUUGGCAGCCAUAGUAUUCGGUUUUUACAGGAGGCGAGCUAACCAGAAGAGACAGACUCAGAACUUUGAAUCGACUGGUAUGAUUAAGAGUUCAAGAGAUGGUCUCCGAGAAUAUAUAGGAAAGCAUGAUCCCUUAGAGCUACAGAUAUAUGAUUUUGAUAGCAUAUUAAUUGCUACAAACAAUUUCAGUGUCGCAAACAAACUCGGGCAAGGAGGAUUUGGCCCAGUUUAUAAGGGUAUGCUACAAGACGGGAAGGAAGUAGCAGUAAAGAGACUAUCUAGUAGCUCAGGACAAGGCAUUGAAGAGUUCAAGAAUGAGAUGUUGUUGAUCUACAAUCUUCAACAUAAAAAUCUUGUUAGGAUCAUGGGUUGCUGUGUUAAAGAGGAUGAGAAGUUACUGAUUUACGAGUUCAUGCCAAACAAAAGCUUGGAUACUUUUCUAUUCGAUACGAGGAAGAGAGCAGUUCUUGACUGGGUGACUCGCUUUAAUAUUAUUCAUGGUGUUGCUAGAGGGCUUCUCUAUCUCCAUCAUGAUUCGUAUGUGAAGGUGAUACAUAGGGAUAUGAAAGUCAGCAACAUUCUCUUAGAUGAGAAAAUGAAUCCAAAAAUUUCAGAUUUUGGACUAGCACGAAUAGUUGAAGGAACACAAAAUCUAGAAAAUACUCAGAAAGUUGUUGGAACACGUGGCUAUAUGUCUCCAGAGUAUGCCAUGGGGGGGAUGUUUUCUGAAAAAUCUGAUGUCUACAGCUUCGGAGUCUUGGUCUUGGAGAUUAUUAGCAGUAAGAAGAAUACUAGUUUCUGUUUAUAUGACCAACAGCUAGGCUUUCUAGCCUAUGCAUGGAACUUGUGGAAUGAAGGUAGAGGGUUGGAGUUGGUAGAUGAAAUUUUGGGUGAUUCAUAUUCCUCAUCGGAAGUACUAAAAUGCGUGCAUAUUGGGCUUUUGUGUGUACAAGACAAUGCUGUGGAUAGGCCAACUAUGGCGGAUAUAGCUUUGAUGUUAAAUAGUGAGAAAGAUGGUCCACAUCCCAAGCUGCCUCUAUUCACUAUCCAAAUUUCAGCUUUUCAUCAUCAACCACAUUCUGAGAAUACCAAUUCCUCCAAAAAAGAAGCUAGCAUUACAAUGAUUGAAGGACGAUAAGGGGCAGCAAAUUGUUACACCACAAUGCAAUUCCUUUUCGUCAUUCUCAAGGGCUCUUGU